AUGGCAGCGGCGGUAGGAGUCGCAGAACUUUCAAAACCCGAUACUCCUCGUCGAAUAGAGGGCGAGCUCCGUGCAUGGGAGAACCAGUUCGGCAAUAAGACCUGGAAAGGAGAUCACAUGGCCGGUCUGCGAAGAACAAUCAAGUCGAUCCUCUUAUACUCUAGCUCUGCUCGUGCCAGGGAUGAAAUGGCUCGACCAACGUACGAGGAAUGGACGAAUACAGCUGUCCCGAUUUACACCUUUUUCGAUGGGCUCAUCUCGCUUGUAUCUUAUAAAUGGGUUGUUGAUGCUCUCACGUUAGUGAAAGGAAGAAGUGUUAGAAUAUGUUAUCGAUAG